GCAAUAAAGGAUUAUUUAGAGUAGCUUUAUCUCAAUAAAAACACUUGAGGGGCCCUGUAAUGAUAUUUACUCAUUUGUCACAAACAAAAAUAAUGCCAAACAAAAUUGUAUUUAAAAUAUUUUUCCACCACAAAACCUAAUUUGUAAAUGAACUCCGUCUUAAAUAUACUUACUAAACACUUACACGUGUAUAUUUCUAACCCCUUUAAAGGCCACGUGGCUUCACAGUAAAAACAAAUUUAAUAAUAAGUUUAUUAGUCAGUUAAACAAUUUCCUUAAAAUGCAUUUGAAGAAGUAUUUGCUCUUAGGCCCAAAGGUUGGUCAAUGAUUGGCAACAACAAUGAUUUUCAUGCUCUGCUUUUAAUUUAUUCACGCUUGAGGUCAUGAUGACCAAAAAUUAACACUCCCCAAAAACUGCAGCAAAUACCUUAUGUACCAAGAAUUAUUUUCUACAUUAAACAAGUCCAAAAACUACUUUAGCCUGAAUUAUAUAUACAGCAAAUGGUAAUAAUAUUUUGGUUAUUUAACCCUUUAAAAGCGAAUAUAUAGCCGCUGUUUUUAUGGGAAAUUUUGUUUUUAAAUAAUAACACAUACACCGUCACAGAUACACACACAAACAGACACUGUUAAAAUACACGUUAAAUCCUACAAUAGUGACAUGCACCCUUGCAGAAAACUGUAAAAUGUGUGUAAUUUUGCUGCAUGCUUUAAAUGGGAAAAAGUGGCACCAUCUGGUGGACAAAAAUGAAUAUAAAAAUGAAAGCCAGUACAAGUGCAGUCCAAGUAAUUGAAAGUUUGCAUUAGUUUGUGAUGAAAAAUGAAAUUUUAAAUUAAGUGACAGAGAUGACGACUGAAAUAUAUUUUUUGAAAUUAAUAUAUCCUCUUGCAACUCAUUUAACACAAACAAAAUUAUUUGAAAAUUAAAUACUGGAUGGCCCAAAAUGUCACUAGGAUCUCUUAAGCUGCUGCUCACUGCUCCCCUCACCUCCCAGGGGGUGAACAAGGAGAUGGGUCAAAUGCAGAGGACAAAUUUCACCACACCUAGUGUGUGUGUGACAAUCAUUGGUACUUUAACUUUAACUUUAAGGGUUAUCACAUGAGACACUAGAAUGAAAGCAAACACAACUAUGAUGCCCUGAGUAGCUGACUUGUUUUAUCCAGACUGAGUCACUUGCUUGUCUGCUGGUCAGGGUACAGUAAUAGCAAGGACAAAGCUCCGUUGGAUGGACCUCUAUAGCUGAGGACAAUUAGGCAGGGAGUUUAGGGGAGGGGGGCGUCAGCGAGUGCGGGGGCAGUGAGGUGAUGAGUCCCAUUUUUCUCUCAGAGUCCAGUUUGGACCAGUUUUGCCUGCUUUUUCUUCUCAGCAAACAACAGAACUCUAGUGGUUCCGUCAUAGGUGCUCACUCAGUCAUAGUGGGGAUCUCAGACUAAUAAUGUUCCAGCUGUCCUUUCUCAUGUGAACAUGAAGGAUGACUUAAACACACAUGCAGCACAUUCGGUUAUCUUCAGCAGGGUUCAAAGUUAAUUGCCGUCAUAAAAGCUGCCCUAACAGUACUUUUGCAACGAUAGGCUGAAUAUAAAAGCUCCCCUUCCCCCUUGUUCCUUUGUCUUCCCAGAUAAAGUGAUCUCUGAGUCUUCAUCGGCCAGCGAGGCGACACAACCAACUCCCUCUCCUUCCCCUCAGUCUCUCUCUACACUCCAGAUCUUCACCACUGUAAUAUUUCCUUCCCUGGACCAUGGCUCCGACGCUGGCAACAGCGUUCGCCCGCCGCUGGUGGAUGGCAGUGACCGCUAUCGUUGAGAAUCUCCUCUUCUCGGCCGUGCUUCUGGGAUGGGGAUCGCUCCUCAUUAUGCUCAAAUCUGAGGGCUUCUACUCGUACCUUUGCAGCGACGAGGGCAACAGCUCCAGCUACAACUUGUCCCUGACGACGACCGAAGCUCCCGACGACUACGCUGACUAUUAUGAAGAUAUCGACGGGGCGCUGGUGGCCCUGGGGGACGGGGUGGAGAUGAAGCCCCUGGCUCCCGCUGAUGGCCAACUGAGAAUGAACGGCUGGCUAAUCUGUAAAGAGCAGGAUGAGAUGCUGAACCUGGCCUUCACUGUGGGCUCCUUCCUCCUGUCAGCAAUCACGUUACCAAUGGGAAUUGUCAUGGACAAAUACGGACCUCGCAAACUCCGACUUUUGGGAAGUACAUGCUUUGGCUUGUCCUGUCUGCUCAUUGCAUACGGCGCAUACCAACCAAACGAACUUUCUGUCCUUAUCUUUAUUGCCCUGACUUUCAACGGUUUCGGGGGCAUGUGCAUGACCUUCACCUCCCUGACGUUGCCCAAUAUGUUCGGCGACCUGCGUUCCACCUUCAUCGCCCUGAUGAUUGGCUCCUACGCAUCCUCCGCUGUCACCUUCCCUGGUGUGAAGGUGAUUUACGACUUUGGAGUACCUUUCAUCACUAUUCUGGUCGUAUGGGCCGCGUGUGCUGGACUGGUGUUCGUCAACUGCUUCCUCAGCUGGCCAUUAGAACCCUUCCCAGGACCAGAGGACAUGGACUACACGGUCAAGAUCAAGUUCAGCUGGCUGGGCUUUGACCACAAAAUCACAGGCAAACAGUUCUAUCACCAAGUGACCACAGUGGGCCGUCGUCUCAGCGUGGGUAACAGCCUCGUGCAAAAGGAUCUGCCUAUCAAGGAAGGCCACAAGCUCUGUCUCUCCACCACGGACCUGGAGUUGGAGAGCAAGUCCAAGGAGGAAUCCCAGUCAUUCCUGAAAACUAUCACCAGCCCCAUCUUCCUGCUCAGUCUGGUGACCAUGUCGGUCACUCAGCUCCGUCUUUUGUUCUACAUGGGGGCCAUGAACAGUGUCCUCGAGGCACUCAGUGACGGGGACUUCAACACAGUAAGUUUGUACUCCUCCAUCUUUGGCGUGCUGCAGCUCCUCUGCCUUAUGACUACUCCUGUGAUCGGCCAAAUUAUGGACUGGAAGUUGAAGGAGUGCGAGGACGAAGAUGAAUCAAAGGACACCUGUAGCAAAGACAUGACAAAAACAAAGCCAAGAGACAGAAAGAUCCAGAAGGUGACCAACGCCCUACGAGCAUUUGUAUUAACAAAUCUUCUUCUGGUGGGCUUUGGGAUCACUUGCCUGAUACCUAACCUUCCCCUGCAAAUUGUUUCAUUCAUCUUGCACACAGUGGUGAGAGGAUUCAUUCACUCAGCCGUGGGUGGCCUUUACGCUGCUGUGUACCCUUCCUCGCAGUUUGGCAGUCUAACAGGCAUGCAGUCACUAGUCAGUGCUGUCUUUGCUCUGCUGCAGCAGCCACUCUUUUUAGCUAUGAUGGGACCCCUGGAGGGAGACCCAUUCUGGGUCAACAUCGGCCUGUUCGCUGUCAGCAUGCUGGGCUUCCUGCUGCCGCUGUACCUUAUCUGCUACAGACAGACACUCCAUAAAGAGCGGCACAAGAAGGAGAACAACGCCAAGAUCUACAUCAAAAUCAACGGCUCAGACAUCCCAGAGGCCUUUGUUUAGCUAAAGUAAGCAUCAGGGCAAAGACACUACGAAGGACGAUUGAUAGCGGAUGAAAGACAACUGAACGGUGUCAUGCAGGCAGUGGCGUGCAAAAGGACAAAUCCUGUUAAAAUACUAUAUUUAUAAAAUUAUAUGAGCAUAUGUCAUCAUAUUUGUGGAAGUCUACCACACAGCUGUGAAAUAGUGAGAAGAGGAAGAGGAAGAGGAAAAGACUGUGAAAGGAAAGAAGCAUCCGCACUCUGUAUUCCCCCAAAAUCCUCUACUUUAUUUUAUUCCUUUACAGUAUUUCACGUAACUGGUUGUUUUGACCAGUAGAACGGAAUAGUAUUCUUCUUAGAGAUGGAUUUCACAAUUAUUUUGUUAAUUAGACAUGUUUCUUUUCGAAUACCACAGUACUUUGUCGAUGUUAAAAUGCUGUUCAUUAAUGUAGAGACCAAGUUUUCGCACAUUUAAGUGGCUUACAUUGUUUUUAAGUAAGCACUACAGCAUUUGCUGUACUGUAUGUUAAAGCCUUUAAGGUUUUACUGUCUUUUGUACAAGGGACAUCACAUAAACUGCAGUAUUUGUAUUGCUAAAAGCAAAGUAUCCAUUUGAAUAUUUAUUUUUGUGACAUUCUGUCUUUAGGUUUUUAAAUUUACCAAAUGUGCCUUUUGAGUCUUUAUAUAAAGAUUUGUUUUGAAACAUACGGACAAUCACAUUAAUUUCUACUGGGGGUUUCUAUUUUCAUAUUUAGUAUAUUAUGUCUCAAUUUCACUAAGAGAUGCAGCACUUGUUUUUAACAAACAUUUUUCCCCAAAUGUACACAAAACUUCUUACUUUGUAUUUUCUAUUGACAAGUUGCCAGGUUUUAAUUAUCUCAACUCGCAGGUUAUGUAUUGUUGCUAUUGGUUUGUCCGUCAGUUAGUUAGUUCGCAAAAUAAUUCAAAAAGUUCUACAUUCAGGAAAUGUCCGAAAUAGGAUAAAGAACAACUUAUCACCUUUUGGGGUUGAUCCGGAUCAUUUCUACUACACUACAUUAUGUGUACGUUACAAGCUUCAACUUCUGUGUGUGUGUAUGCUCCCAGCCUUGCCCCCACCAACAACAGACAAAGACUAUGUUUACACUGCAGGCCAAAGUGGAUUUUUUGUCAAUCUGAUUUUGUCCAGCGGAAAGUUUAGAUUAAAAGUAAUAUGGGAUCUUUAUCAGACUCCAGUAUAAACGCUCACAGACCCCAAUUUGGCUCCAGUGUGGCCACGACGUCAAUUGCAUGCACAGUUCGAUAAAGUUCAAAGAAGACGAAGUUGACUUGAUUCCGUAAAUGAACAAGAAAGUUGCUACUACUACUAUUUUGCCAAAUAAAAGUCGCCACACCUUAAAAAUAAGUUUUUUUUUUUUU